ACGACUCUCAUCCUGCAGAUUCACCACCUCUGCUUCGCUAGGGCAGAAACAAACUAUGUUGCAGACUACAAAGCUCACGCGGGAAGUCGAUGGUAUACCAACCGAGGUCGUCAUACAAAGAUUCGUUGACUGUACUCUGCUACUGAUCACGCAACUGGGCAAAGUUGGCAAUCUGAUACGAGCAAGGAUACCUGCUACCGCACCACUGCUACCAACCCCUGCUCCCGAUCCUGAUGAACCAAAUGUUAUUCCAUUACCGCCUCCAUCCCCGGCAAUAGAACUCACACCCCUCCUCGGAAAUGCACCAUCUGAGCAUAUCAGAACACUCCAUUCUCUCUAUGCUUCACAGGCUGCGUCCCUGGUCUGGGCGUCCGAUACGUCUGGUCUGCUUGAAGUCGAAAGGAAGGAUGUGGUGGUGGGCGUCGCGCUUCAUCGGCAUGUUGGUACAACGUUCGAAGGUUCGCCGACGGAACAUGAGCGUGAGGUCUUUCAUGGUGUCAUGGCUAUGGUGAAGGAGGUUGUGUCUCGAGAAUAAAUUGCUUUUACACCCAGAAUCUGGAGUGGUGGAAGGAGGGCCUCGAAAUGAGCAUUCACCUUCGAAGCAUCUGUGCAGGUCCCUCAUUUCUUCUCUUCCGCCACCUCUGCGAGAGCCUUCCAAUCAAUCGUCUCCUCGUCUGAACCAAGUUUAGCCUCCUUCUCCCUCUUGUUCUUCUCCAAUUUCCAUUUGACGAGUUCCUUGAGUCGCUCUUGCUCAGGCAAUGCCGUACGAGGGUGCGUCUCGUAUAGAUAGUAAGCAAAUAUACCGGUGCAGACACCCAGGAUAGGAUCGAGUGUUCUGUGCCGUUGUUUAUGUUGUCAAAAUAGAACUUAAGGGAAUAAUAACAUAUGUCUCACCGUG